AUGAAAGCACAAGAGCACAAAGCCAUCAAGUUGGAAGAACAAGUCCGGGAUUUAACUGAGCGAUACCGGAAAGCUUUGGCAGAUUCUGAGAAUGUCAGGAGGAGAACGCAGAAGUUUGUGGAAGAUGCUAAGCUCUUUGGGAUCCAGAGUUUCUGCAGGGACCUUGUGGAGGUAGCAGAUAUCUUGGAGAAGACUGCCGAGAGUGCCGCAGAAGUGGAGCCUAGUAAUCCAAGUCCAACCCUGAAGAAAAUCUAUGAAGGCCUCUCUCUCAUAGAGGCCAAAUUGCAAAGUGUAUUUGCCAAACAUGGCCUUCAGAAGAUGAACCCUGUUGGUGGCAAAUAUGACCCAUAUGACCAUGAAAUAGUCUGCCAUGUACCAGCCGAGGGAAUGCAGCCGGGCACGAUAGCACUGGUGACUCAGGAUGGCUAUAAACUCCACGGUCGCACUAUCAGACACGCGCUCGUCGGUGUGGCAGUAGAGUCACAGGAAUGA